AUGGAACCCGAACGCUCUGGCGACGCUCCGGGCAACCCGGCGGCUCCGCCGCCGCCCCAGCCCCCGUCCCCUCCCUCGGACCCUGGCCGCGCGCCGGUGCCCCCCCCGCCCGCUCCGCCGUCGACUCCCCCCGCCGCCCCGUCGAGCGUGGUCUGGGCGGACCUCGCCGAGGCCGACGACCUCGCCGAGGCGGACGACCUCGCCGCGGAGCGCCCCGUCGUUUGCUGCGACCGCGUUCCCCCAAGGCCCCUGCCCGGCCGCCUCGGUUUGAUUCUGCCGGUGGCCUUACUCCCAGGGGGGCGCCGCUCCGGCGAGUGGGGUGUCGCUGGCCGCGCCGACCGCGGCCUCGUGCGUUCUUCCUGGAGGGCCACUGCUCCGGCGUCGUCCUCCCCUGCUCCGGCCUACGCACCGACGGCGUUCUCGGCGGAGCUCUCAUCGGAGGUUCUCCGGCGGUCCCCCUUCCGCCCUUUCAUCUCGUCUUUCGGCGCCGCCGUCCCCCCGCCUCCUGGUGCCCAGCGCGGCCCGUCCUGGCCUCACCGCUCCCGCCCCGCCGCCGACCACCGUGGCGGCGCUCGGGGAAACCCUCGCCCCUCGCCUGGUCUCCCCGGGCUUGUCCUACCGGGCCUCACUCGUCUCGGGCCGUCCCGUGGGCCGCCUCCUUGGCGCCUUCCCGCGGGCCUCGGCUUCUGGGCCGCCGCGUGA